UGAACACUUCUUUUUAAAUUUCGAUGGUGCUUCAUUGGUCAAUUACAUAAACAAAAGAUAAGUACUAGGCACUUUCUAUUGUCAGCAACACAUCAUAUUAGAUUUUAAAAAAUAAAUAAAAAGUAUUACGAGAUGGAAUCUAAAACGGCAAAGUCCUCAAGAAUCUGACACUUUUUGUUAAACUUUUGACGCCACUGCAUAAUUAAAGUCUUCUCUCUCUUCUUCCUCUAUUCUAGAGAGAGAGAGAGAGAGAAGAGAUGGAAAACUCCGGCGGUCGAGUUUUUGAUGUAAUAGUAAUCGGAGCAGGGGUGAUGGGCAGCUCCACCGCCUACCAAACCUCGAAGCGCGGCCUCAAGACGCUCCUCCUCGAGCAGUUCGACUUCCUCCACCACCGCGGCUCCUCCCACGGCGAGUCCAGAACCACACGCGCCACCUACCCGGAGGACUACUACUCCCACAUGGUGGUGGAGUCCACGCGCCUCUGGGAAGAGGCGGAGGCCGAAAUCGGCUACAGGGUUUACUUCAAGACAUCUCAAUUCGAUAUGGGCCCAUCCGACAACAAAUCCCUGCUCGCCGUUGUGGACAGCUGCCGGAAAAACUCGAUUCCGGUUCGGGUCCUCGACCCGGCCCGGGUUAUUGAGGAAUUCUCCGGUUUGUUCCGGAUCCCGGAGGACUGGAUCGGAGUUGUCACACAGGAGGGCGGCGUUAUCAAGCCGACGAAAGCCGUGUCGAUGUUUCAGGCACUCGCACUCCGAAACGGCGCCGUAUUGCGAGACAACAGUCGAGUGACAAAUAUAUACAAGGACGUAGAAACCGACGAAAUCGUCGUGGUCGCCGGAGGAGGCGGACGAUUCCGGGGGAGGAAAUGCGUAAUCACGGCGGGGCCGUGGACGAAGAAGCUGAUUGAGAGAGUGAGGGGGUUAGUCCUCCCCAUUCAGCCAUUGGAGACCACGGUUCACUACUGGAAGAUCAGGGAAGGGCACGAAGGUAAAUUCACAAUCGAGGGAGGGUUUCCGACGUUCGCGAGCUACGGGGAGCCGUACAUAUACGGGACGCCGUCGAUGGAGUUCCCCGGGCUGAUUAAGAUCCCGGUCCACGCCGGACGAGCGUGCGAGCCGGAGGAACGGACGUGGGCGGCGGCGCCGGCGAUGGUGGAGGCGCUGCGGGGGUGGAUCGAGGGGCGAUUUGGGGGGCUGGUCGACGGCGACCGGCCGGUGAUGACGCAGUCGUGCAUGUACUCGAUGACGCCGGACGAGGAUUUCGUGAUUGAUUUCCUCGGCGGGGAGUUCGGGGAGGACGCGGUGGUCUGCGGCGGAUUUUCGGGGCAUGGAUUUAAGAUGUCGCCGGUGGUGGGGAGAAUUGCGGCGGAGCUCGUGGCGAGUGGGAAAGCGGAGGGCGUGGACCUCACGCACUUUAGGGUUGGCAGAUUUGAAGGGGAUUGUAAAGGAAAUGUAAAGGAUUUCGAUGAUCAAGUGAAGGCCCACUGAAAACGUGAUUUAUUUAAUUAUUUAUCCGGAGCUUGUGUGUUUGUUUGUGCUUCUAAAUUCCAAGAAAAUUGGGGAAUAUUCUUCGUGUUUUAUUUUAUUUUAUUUCAUUUUAUUUUAUGUCUUCUCUCA